ACGGCGUCAGAAUUGACACUUACAUGGAGAGAAUACAACACAGCUGUAUAUGUACACUGAAGUAACACGGAAUGGCUUUAUUUUAAGCCAUUUCUUACCCCAGCUAACAUUGAAAUUAAAAGCUGGGUAGUCAAUAUUAGGUUAGCUAGCUAGUUAGCUGUUUUUCAGGGAGCUGCUGCGCUCGCAGUCAGGCUAUCCGAGCUGACAAAGAGUCGAGAAGCUGGCGAGGUGACUCAGGAUGAACCGCUUCCGAAAGUGGCUGUAUAAGCCAAAGAGGUCAGACCCACAGCUACUCGCUCAGUUCUACUAUGCAGAUGAAGAGCUGAACCAGGUGGCCUCGGAACUGGAUAGUCUGGAUGGCAGGAAGGAUCCUCAGAGAUGCACACUGCUCGUAAACCAGUUUCGCUCCUGCCAGGAUAAUGUGCUGAAUAUCAUAAACCAGAUCAUGGAUGAGUGUAUACCAGAAGACCGAGCAAACAGAGACUUCUGUGUGAAAUUUCCAGAAGAGAUCCGUCAUGACAACCUUGCAGGACAACUGUGGUUUGGUGCAGAGUGCCUGGCAGCUGGCUCCAUCAUCAUGAAUCGGGAAAUUGAAAGCAUGGCAAUGCGACCACUGGCCAAAGACUUGACACGUUGUCUGGAGGAGGUGCGCAACAUAACACGUGAUCAAGCUCUGAGAGACCUUAAUUUCUACACAGAGCGUAUGAGAGAGGCGCUACGUCAGUUUGACAGCCUUUUUGCUGAGUUUGAGCUCAGUUACGUGUCAGCCAUGGUGCCUGUGAAAUCUCCUAAGGAGUAUUACGUUCAGCAGGAAGUGAUAGUGCUCUUCUGUGAGACUGUAGAGAGGGCUCUGAAGCUUGGCUAUCUUACUCAAGACAUGAUUGAUGAUUAUGAACCUGCUCUCAUGUUUACAAUCCCUCGACUAGCCAUUGUCUGUGGCCUUGUAGUAUAUCCAGAGGGGCCCCUUAACCUGGUAAACAAAGCAGAAGAUAUGUCUGAACUCUUCCGACCUUUUCGCACAUUACUGAAGAAAAUCAGGGACCUGCUGCAAACUCUGACGGAGAAUGAGUUAACAACCCUGGAGCGGAAUCUGUGCAUCUCACAGGAUGGAGAGUUCCCCACAGGCUCUAAUAUCUCCACUUCAGAACCAGUCAGCUCAAAGAAUAAGUCUCAUCCCAAAGAAGAGUCUCAUCAGAGAGAGGAGCAAAAUGAGGUGGAUAAAGUGGUAGAACUGGCUCUGUGUGCCUCUCAGUGUGAGGAAGAUGAGGUGUGGGAAGAGAGCAAAGGCCAGCAGGAGGUCCCAAGUGAGGAAGAGGAGGAUGUGGAGGUUGACCUGGCCUGCUCCAUGCAGUAUGAUGAAGAGGAGAUAGAGCAGCUUAACAUGAUGGUGCAUCGUGUAGGUGAUCACAUGUCGACACUGCUCUCACCUCCAAGCCAGAAACCUUCUCCAAGCCACUAUCACCAGAAGAACCGGCCCAGCCUGUGUGCAUCAAGUGCACCUUCUAGUACUGAAAACUCCCCUCACAAGGCUCCUGUCACCCACCAUGAAGGGGAUGAACGGGUUUUUUUUAUGGAUGACCUGGAGGGAAUGGGUGGUGGCGGCAGUUUUGAGACUAGCUUAGAAGACGUCCUCCAAGGACAGCUAGUGUCUCCUACUACACACCUCAAACCCCUAAAGCACACCAUCUCUCUAGGUGACUCCACCUGCAGUGGUUGGACGGUGGCCUCUUCUGAACCUGGCGAAAGUUUAGACACAUUACCGUUAGUAAAUGGUUGGGAGGGACAGCAAGAAGAGGGGGAGGAUGGAGAGGAACCGGCAGAGGUCAUUGCUAACCGAACUGGAGGGAUGAAAUUGUCGGCCACGGUAAUCUUCAACCCACGCUCGCCUAGCCUGCCUGACCUGGUGGUAUUGCCACGAUCAUCCGAAGGAGCUGCCCACCGCCUGCUUAACUCCUGUGUGUGCUGUGCUGCUGGCUGUGUUGACACCUGUGACGAUUCUUCUACAUCAGAUAUCACCACUACAGAUGGGGCACUUGAGUUUGACAAGCUCAAACUAACCAUCACCAGCUCUGUUAUCCAAUCAGCAGUUGGGAGUGGUAGCGGAGGGAAGGGAGACGCACCUUUGGCCCUUCCGCCUCCGCCUGGUCCGCGAUUGCUGAAGGAGGAAAAUGAGGAGCAGCAAGCAAGGUUUUCACACUCACCCUGUUGUGAAAAGUGCCUUGCUUGUAGCUUAAGCACCUUGCCUUCACAACACAAAGACUCUGGAGAGUCAGCAAACAGAUGUCCUCGUCAGGACAGAGCCUGUCAAAGCCCAACCAGCUCUUUAGCGAAUGAAAGACUGGAAAAACAGUCCAUAGAAAACAACCACAAAUGCUCCAGUUUACAGGUGUCACCUCUCAGUUCAGACACCAGCAGUGACUGUGAGAGUGUGUCAGUCACGACAUGCAGUCUGUCCAGUUCAUGCACACCCAGUUCUGUCAGUAGUCUGACCACCAGCACUGAGAUGUCAGAGGAUCUUGAUAACCAGGAGAUUCAACUGGCUCUGCAUGCUUCUAAACUGGUUGCUCACAACAAAAUACGUGCACGUUUCCAUAGCAGUAGUGACCUCAUCCAUCGUCUGUUUGUCUGCAUAUCAGGUGUGGCUGAUCAGUUGCAAACAAACUAUGCAAGUGACCUGCGGAGCAUCCUUAAGACAUUGUUUGAGGUCAUGGCAACAAAGUCUGAUCAAGGGGACACUGAGAAGCAGAAGAAACGACCAAGAGUGGGAAGUGCUGGGUUAGAAGACUGUGCUCUUUGCCAGGAGACGAUGUCCUCAUCAGAGCUUGCAGCCAAGGCACGAGACGGACAGUUUGAAGACCCUCCUGAGUGGGUUCCAGAUGAGGCCUGUAACUCCUGCAUUGCCUGUAAGGCUCCAUUUACUGUUAUUCGGAGGAAGCACCAUUGUAGAAGCUGUGGAAAGAUCUUUUGCUCUCGCUGCUCUUCACACUCAGCCCCAUUGCCCCGCUAUGGUCAGAUGAAACCUGUAAGGGUGUGCACUCACUGCUACAUGUUUCACGUCACACCUUUUUACAGUGACAGGAAUGGUGUUUGACGGUAACCCUUCCUUGAACCAGCUUAGUACCAUCAGACAUGAACAUAAGCACAUUACCUUGCAGCAAGAUCAACUGUUUAGUUAGAACUGCAUACUUCUUUUUUAAGUUUGUAAAUAUGUGACAUUCUCAUUUAAUUUAAUUUAAACAUUUAAAUAUAAAUGCACUACUGCAUUAGUAAAGCAACCCUGAGCAAAGAACAAAUUAGCUUUAAAGUAAUAAAUAAAUAAAUUAUUUAAAGUUAAUGAAUGCCUACUGUUAAGCACAGAUGCUCUGUUCAGUAUUUGUUCCUCCCAAGUUUUUGCGAAUCUGGCAGUUACAGGUGAGCUGUGAUGAAAAGCAAAUCUAGUCUUAAUGAUUCUGUCUCAGUUGACUCUGAGAACGUCCUUAUUAUUUAAAUGAAAUGAAAUCAUUUUAUCUCUUUUGCUAUGUUUCACAGGGCUAAGAUACAUUACUGAAUGUAAAUCAUGAUAAACACAUGAGCAACUGUGACAAGUAUGAAGACAAUAAUAUUACGUUGUUCUAAUAAUGAUGUAAUAAUAGAACAUUGUUUGCACCAUUCAUUUUAAGUGUGGUCAUUAUAGCACACUAAAGAGUUUUUAAAUAAUAUUAUUGUUAUUCAGAUGUUUUUAUGUAAGAAAUGAUGCUGCUCUCUGUAAUAUAAUAUUGGGGUUUUAGGACAUGUGGAAUGGCUAAAAAUGAAAUGUACAUAUGUUGAAGUGGUUACAAUGGGAGAAGAUACUGUGCUCGUAAUAGCAAUGAAUGUGUAACCAUAUAGACGUGGAUGCUUUUUAUAUUAUUUACUGAACUGGAAAGUUAUUGCUUUUUACAGCAGCGUCUGAUCCCUGAUCUCUUUAAAUGCCCUCACUGUUCCCCCAAACCAGGUACAACCCAUUUAUUUUAAUUUCACACCAUGUGAACUGCUAAGAAGCCUGCAAACAUUUCCAUCGAAACACACUUAUGAUCAGAUUAAAAGUACAUUUUUAAAGAAGAAUUUUUUACAAUUUAAUGUUACAGGUAUAUUAAUAGAUUUGCAGAGCUGUUUUUGGCGGAACCUUACAACCCCUACCUCUUUAGUGCAGAGGACUUAUUCUCAUUGUUUUAACAUUAGCCAUGCGUUGUGAAUACUCAAAAUUCUAAUUCACGGUGACUGUGUACUAAUUUAACACACUGCCCCCUUCUGUCAACCCAGUGUCUACAAAAUUUUUCAAGCAGAAACUGCUUCUACAGAAACCAAGUACCACAGAUUGUCCUUAAAUAGUCACUUAAAAUUUAUAGUAUAGGCAAAAACUUUGCAAGCACUUAGCACUGUCUUUUUUUGCUUUUUUUAUUAAAUGUUAAAUGUAGAGAGGGAAAAAUAAAAAUUUUAAGCUCCUGAGUGGUGCAACAAAAAUUGUUUGUUUUGUCAUCUCUUUAGGCCGUUAGUUCAAGCUCCAAUAAUGCCCCUCACAAGCCAUUUAGUGAGAAGCUGUUGAAUGUUGCUUCUUGGGUGGUAGCAGUGACAUUUAUGUCUCCCUUGUGUCGUGACACCAAUCAACCCCACACUUGUCAGCUCAUGUAUGGACAAAAACAAUUAGCACCUCAUCUAAAGCGCAUUGAUUUGCCCAAUUACAUUGCGAUUACAUCCAGCUUAACUAAAGAGAGAAUAGGGCAGGGGAAAAAAUAUUUAGUAAUUGUUUAAGGAUAAAUAUUACUUAAAUAAAACACUUUAUUAAGAUCUGGUUCAUUCAUUUGGC